GGUUUUAUUAUAAAUGUUCGAUGAUUUAGUCCAAAUGAAAGAAGUAUAAACAGAGUGGAGUUCAAUUGUACUGAAUGCUGGUAGAAUGUCAAGUUUACAUAUGGUGCGUUCGUAAAUUCACUCUGGAGUGCCAGAUUGCACUGGUCUGGGCGUUCGUAAAUUCUGAGCAUUCAGCUCUCGGAGCAUUCAGAGCGCACAUUGGACGGGGAGUAGAGUUGAUUCGAGUGUUUUGACCUCACAACAGCUGUCAAGCACCCAAGCUACAGUUAGCUAGCUUGCUAUCUACUUCCAGACAUAAAUGAGAGAACACCUCACUCUGACCAUUUUCAUCGACCUAGCAGAGCUGGUUAGGCAGUGUUCAUGUUAUCCUGAGCGUUGGUGACUGUAACUGUGCAACAAUUUCAUUACGCUUUUAUCCCGAAGUUUACUGACCCUGGCCAUUUUCAACGGGUGUUGGGUGUUCGUAAAUUCAUCAGUGCGCUCUGGCAAAAAUAAUAAUUUGUUCUUAACUGACUUACGUAGUUAAAUAAAGGUUAAAUAAAAUAAAUAAACACUCAGUCGAGAGUGCUUUUAAAACGGAUAACCAGAGCGAAUUUACGAACGCACCCGUAGUAAACUGAUUCUGAAAAUCCGCCCCAAUAGGAAAUAACAUAUUCACAUACGUGUAAACCAAUCAAGUUUCUGUCACUAGGCAGAAUAUUGCCAGACGAGCCAUCAGCUCAGUUACUGGGCAGACCAGUCAUAACGCCUCCUAUCAUAAUAAUCUUUAGCAAGAAAAUAAAGCAAUUGAACCAAUAGAAUGUAAGUUGCACUUGGUAUCUGAGUAGAAUUAGAACAAUCCACCAAUUGGAAUUGACGUUUGCUUUGUAGUCAGGCAGACAUAACAUAGUUGUCCAAUCACAAAAAAUUCAGAAAGGGGAUUUUUGCUGUAGCUUUGGCUCAGGGUGAAGAAAGUUUCUGAUGAACUCCACCAACGGAGCGGAGCAGAGAACAGGCUUUGUGGAAUUCAGCUCCAACUACAUCGAUUCGCCCAAGAGGCCUCAGGGUGUGUUUGCCACCUCUGUGUGAGCAAACAAUGACGGAGGACAGGUUGAAGGCAGACCCCUCCAAGCGGGAGGGUCUGGACUCAGGAGAGGGAGACACAGAGCCUAGCCUGCUGCUGCAGAAACUAAAGAGCAACAUCUCUAAGAAUAUACAGGGGAAAGUGGAUGUUAUCCUGCAAGAUGUGCAGCGCUUCUCUGACAACGACAAACUCUACCUUUACCUCCAGCUGCCUUCUGGCCCCAGUCCAGGGGAGAAAAGCAGCAACAGCAGCAGCAGCAGCAGCAGCAGUGACCCCAGUUCCUUCAACACAGCUGACCAGCUGCACACCUGCAACUGGAUCCGCAGCCACCUGGAGGAGCACGUAGACACCUGCCUGCCCAAGCAAGACGUCUACGAGACAUACAAGAGAUACUGUGAAAACCUGCAGCACCGGCCUCUGAGUGCUGCCAACUUUGGGAAGAUCAUCCGUGACAUCUUCCCCAACAUCAAAGCCCGGAGGCUCGGUGGCAGGGGACAGUCUAAGUAUUGUUAUAGUGGAAUCCGUAGGAAGACAGUGCUAAACAUGCCACUGUUGCCAAACCUGGACCUGAAAAAUGACCCAUCGGAGCUGACGGAGCUGGUGCAGACCUACAAGCAAGAGGUGACGGAGGCGGCUUGUGAGCUCAUCUGUGAUUGGGCCCAGAAGAUCCUCAAACGUUCCUUUGACACAGUGGUCGAGAUCGCCCGUUUUCUUGUGCAGGAGCACAUCGUCAACCCACGCUGCAGCCAGGCUGAACUCGUCACUUCUGCCGCGAUGGCAGGAGGACCUGCAAAGCCCCACAAGGUGAUCAAGAAGAACCCAGUACCGUCAAAAGGAGGUGGGCCGGAAACAGAAGGGAGCAGCUCUGAUGCUAAGAGGGAUAAAGAAGUUGGGGAUCAGUCGUCGCCGGGGACACUGCAGUCCAGUGACAAGCCAACCAAAGGGGCGGAGUCAGUACGCCCGGGGGGUCGUGACCUGCAGGUGGAGGCUCUGAUGAAGCACCUGCCCCGAAUCCUGCCUCGCAGCUCCGUCCCGGAUAAGUCCCAAGGCGGUGCCCUCCCCGUCAUGAUCCUCCCCCACACCGUCAGCCUAUCCUACCCCGAAAAAGCCCCGCCGGUUACCAUGGUGCCCGUGGCACCGACGUCGGUGGUGCAGAGGGCCCGUGCCGUGACCAAACGGGCCCUCGAGGCUCCGACUGCAACCAGCGGUGGCCCCGAGCCGGGAGGCACGCCGGCCAAACGGAAACGAGGACGACCCAGGAAGCCACGGCCAGAGGACACCACCUCUCCGCAACCGCCCCCUCCGUCCCUACCUUCAGUCAACCAAGCCCACAUCAUGAAGUCCCUCACUGGAGGGGUGAUCCAGAAAGCCUGCUCGUCCUCCUCCUCUUCCCAGGUGGUGGAGGUCUUGUUCCAGGACCAGCAUGCCGUGGUGCUCGGCCAGCUACAUUCGGUAGCGGACUCUGGCAACCCAGAGCACCGGGGUGUGGUGCUCGAGACUGACCCACGGCCCCUGCUGCUGCUGCCAGGGACCAGCCACGCAAACCGGGACAUGGGCAGGGCCAUGGUAGAGGUCAUCCAGAGGGCACCGAGACCCCCCACCACCAAGAACAACAACAACUCCCAGUCUAUCCCCCAGCACCGCCUGCCCCUGCCCACUUUGCUGGAGGAUCGAGGUGAGGUGGAGAUCACCCUCACCCCCAUGGAGCCUUCGAAAGAUCUGCCGACCCCCACCACCCAGGCUAGCUCGGAGGGCCGCCCUGCGCCUGAUGACAGCACUAAGGUUGAAAGACCCUAGCACUGGCCCUCCCAGUCCCGAACCUCACCCUCCUUGUCCCAGAGACUAGGGAGCACUAAGGGACUUUAUACUACCCUCAGCAUGAAGAUAACCUCCCCCAAUCAUCUUCUGCUAGGUAGCAAGCUUCAUCUGGCUCCACACAGUCCCUCUCCCAUCUUACCGAUUGGUGGAAAUCCAAGAUUGGCGGCACAGAGAGCCAAGAAGGGUUGAUGAAGCCAAACCGCUACAUACCCAUGUUGACCUUCCAUUAGCCCUUGCAUUUGACAAUGUAAAAAGGGCCGUUGCUGUGACUCUAACUGCAUGUUUUUCUUUGUAAUUGUGAGCGAAGAUAUAGACAAAUGCGGCUCCAUACUCCUGAGAUUGGAUUUCUUGUAGUUCUGAUGACGAGGAGGGGCUAUUUACGGGUUCGGACCAUUCGAGGUUCUAAGUGCUACUCUCCCCGAGAGGAACUCCCCUCAAAGCGUUAUUUUUUUUAUAUCUUUGGUUGUGUUAUGUUGAUGUUUGUAGUUGUGCUUUCAAAUAGACUUCCAGAGUAAAGGCGUCCGCAUGCUUCCCAGACUAAACAGUUCGGAAGAGUUUGGGCAUAUAUUAUGAUGACAUUUUGUGACGUUUCUGUUCAUUUUGGACUGUUCGGGAACACCCCAAAAAAUUCUAGAGGCAAGCCGAAGUCGGUAGCCGAAGUCGAAGUCGGUAGCCGAAGUAGCCGAAGUCGGUAGCCGAAGUCUACGCCCCUUCGUCAGUAAUUGGUCAACAGUCGGGAUUCUUCAAUAAAGUCUUUGUUGUCAUUUAACGAGAGACGACUCAUUUUCAUGCACAUUACUUCAUUGAGAAAUACUGCAACAAACAUCUUAGUUAGAUGUAAAAUUGCGCGACUAAGAUCUUUGUCUAAAUUAAUGACAGAUUUCUUGAGUUAUCUUAGAUUAAUUCUGUCUAUUUAGAGGAAGUGUAUACUGGCUACGGCAUCUCAAAAUGGACAAACAGUACUAUUGCUGGACACUCGUUGGGUUUGCCAAGCCAAGUGUGGCUAGUCGCCAACCAAACUGAAGCAUGCUGACGCCUUAAGAAAGGAGAAGGCAUGACACUGCUGGUGGAACUACAUUUAAAUGAUGUCCCUGUCAGGCAUCGGAACUGGAUCUGCGACUGUAUUCUAAAACAUUGUGUGACAAGAUUGUGAGUUUGCCCCCCUUCCCCAAAACCCCUAAACUGGAGUAUGAUGGAAAAGCAAGCACUUACCUGGGCGUAAUUCCAAUAUUACAGCACUUCCUGUUAGCGACUUAGUGUAAAUGACAAAACAUUAUAGACACCAUAUAGGCAAGACUAUGACAAACAGUCGUUUAGGUUUGCCUUUUGCAUUUUGAAUUUACAGCACCUCGGACGAAAGCAUUAAAGCACAAACCUGCGAGCCUAGUGUAAAACCUUGAGCGUGGCAAAGAGACUUAAUGGAAUAUUAGAGCUGAUUUAGUAAAUAAUUUAGCCUGAUGCUAAUGCUAAUGUAGGUUGCCAAACCCUUUUUUAUAAGUACCUGUAUACACUCUAGUACUAUAAUAUAAUUUUCACAAAUUCAAACUGUCUGACAGAGACAACUGUUGUUUAGCCACCAUUGCCAAACGUUCAAACUCUGGCUUUGCCUAGGGGUGCAUACAUCUUAUAUGCAUUACGUAGCAGUACAUGAUAAUGUAAGAUACUGAUACCCUUCUCUCCAAAUCCAGCAUAUCAUCCAAAGUAUGAUCAACCUUAGGCUGGUUAUGUGUUUUUUUUACACCUUCCAUCCUUUGACAAGGGAAGAUUUAAAUUUGUAAUCUCCAGCCUUAGCCCUUUUGGAAUUAAAUUAAAACAGAUGUCAAGAAUAUUUGCACUGAUAUGAAGAAAGCAAAAAGGGAAGAGACUGUUAGUUAAUAAUAGUAAUGAUUACUAGAAAUUAUAAACUGGGUGGUUCGUGCACUGAAUGCUGAUUGGCUGAAAGCUGUGGUAUAUCAGACUGUAUACCACAGGAAUGACAAACCAUUACGUUGGUAACCAGUUUAUAAUUUCAAUAAGGCACAUCGGGGGUUUAUGUUUAAAGGCUGUGUUUAGACCCUCCCCGUUGCGUUGUGACCUUAGCGUUGUGACCUUAGCCGUUUUGGUCAUACAUCCCCUCGGGCCUUAUUUCUUAAUUAAACUAUGAUUAAAAACA